AUGCAGCCGCCGCCCCAGGCAGCCCCGUCGGGACUCUUGGGGCCCCCUCCCAUGGGGAACCGGAGGAACGUGCUUUGGUCAAGCAGCCCGUACAGAAGGGUGCCCAGCAGCGUGCCGGCGGCUCCUGUGACGUGCCCUUUGCAGCCAGUGACGGACCCUUUUGCUUUUAGUAGGCAGGUGGCCCAGGAUCCACCCCUGGACAACUUGCCCAGAAACAGCUUGCCCGUCAUGCAAGGCUCCGCCCCCCCGGCGUUUUCUCAGCACCCCACUCUGCCUCCACCUCACACAAGUGCUGGGGACCCUUUUCAAGGACCACACGAGCCUGUGCUGGGCCCCAUCCCGCAGCCUGAAGUAGAUGCCGGCGUGUUCUCCGGUGGGUUGACCCCUGCGGUGCUUCCUGGGCCUGAGGCGAGCAGGAGCGCAGAGAUGGGACCUAGCCUACCUCCUGACAUUCCGAGCCCGCCGAAUCCUCAGUAUCUUCCAGGAGUGGGUUCUGAUGGUCCUUCUGGGACAGCGCCUGGGCCUGCCAGACCCCUCAGCAGGCAGAAACCCCCUGACGGUGCUGCGCUGCCUGCUGCGUCCUUGUUCCCUCGGCCGCCUCUGCACACACCGGGUUCGUGGGUGCCAGUCCAAGGGAGCCCGCGGCCCUCGGGCCAGCACUACACCCCCUGCCCAGAAGGACCUGGCUACAGCACAGGGCCCUGGGCUCCUGGCCCGCCCCACUUUCCCCCCCCACCCCGCGGGCACCAGGGGCCUGGGCGUGGGCAGCAGCACAACGCCGUCACUCCUGUACCAGGAUCCUUGGCUGGGGAUGAGAGGAGCGACAUGGCCUGUCUGCAGGGUGGAAGCCACUCCACGAGUCACCUGGAUCCCGAGAACACAUUCAGGCAGAACCCCAGAGUGGGUCUGGCUCGGGCGAGCCAGGAGUUGAGGCAGAAUCCGGGGGGCGGUAAAGAGCUCGGACCAGACCCUGCUCUUGCUAGCUCCCCUGCUCAGGGAAACGGCACUGACCACCACCUGCACUACCCCCUGGGGACAGGGGUUGUGUGGACCCUGCCGGAAGCUGGCUCCAGAGUCCACCCCGUAUUCCUCCACGGUGGGGAGGCAGACAACGAGGAGAACCUUAGCGCAGAGAGGGCAGGCUCUGGGGGGCCAGCGGCCUUUGAUGGCUUCGGCCCCGGCCUUGGCCACCCACUUCCUCCUGCACACAUGGCCACAGGUGGCCUUCAUCAAGCCUCCCUCCAGGGUCCCAGUGGCAAGACUGCACAACUGGGAGGGGAUUCACAGCCCAGUUUUUCUCAGUCUGCAGGCAGCCAGCAUGAUCAGCCGACCCCUGGGAACACAGCUGUCAGUAUGUGGGGUGACGCAGCAGGAACGGGGACACACGGCGCCCUCAGCUCACAGUGUGAGAAUGUCGAGGACCUGGAAUUUGCCCAGAACCAAGAAGUUCUGCCGAGUGAGCCCCUGGCUUUGAAUCCUUCCUCCCCGGGUGACCUGUUCCGGUAUGGAGCCCUGCCCGGGCCGUCUGCUCCCCGACAGGGUGUUGUGAGCCAUGCAGGGGGUGGGGGACCAAACCUGGAGGCCCCUGAUGUGCCCUUGCGUCCUGGGCCACCGGACAGCGUAUCAUCCAGCUACAGUGGCAAAGGUCACCGGUGCCUUCCAAGCUCGGGCCGGCCCCAAGAAAUGGCGGGCACUUUUAUUCAGCAGGAAGUGGGAAAGGUUGAGGAAGAAGCCUCAGGAAGCUUCUUUGAACAGAUUGAUUCUUCUCCAGUGGGAGGUGAGACUGAAGAGACCCCUGCAAGCCAGAAUUACCGUCACGGUCUCUCCCAGCCCUCAACCCCAAGUCCCCCGAAGCCCACGGGGGUAUUUCAGACAAGUGCAAACAGCUGUUUUGAGCCAGUGAAAUCUCACUUUAUUGGGGUGAAGCCGGUUGAGGCAGAUCGCGCCAACGUAGUGGGUGAAGUAGGGGGCGGCCGUGCCUGCCAGAAGAAGCGGCGACCAGCAGCCACCCUGCCUGAUGCCUCCCCUGGCAACCUGGAGCAGCCUCCUGACAACAUGGAGACCCUCUUCACGCCCCCGACUUGUCCAGUGCCCCUGAGUGCUGCAGAAACUAGCCAUGUGCUUUCACACGCCGGGAGGCCACCAUCAGAAACCAGGCUCCCGACACCUGAGAAAAGGCCUUCGACCAGGGCUCAGGGGGCUGUGAAGUGCGAGAGCCCAGCUACCACCUUGUGGGCACAGAGCGAACUUCCAGACUUUGGGAGCAGUGUCCUCCUGGCCCCGGCUGCCCCUGCGCUCUGUGUCCCUGCUAAACCUCAGGCUUCAGAAGUGAUCCAGCCCCCUGAUGAGGGUGUCUGUGGGCAGCAGCCACACAAGCUGGCCUCUGUGUCCCCCCUGCCCAACCGAGACAGUAUUGGUGUGUCUGAAAACCUCGAGAAUCCUCCCAAGAUAGGAGAGGAGGAGGCUGUCCAGCCUCAGGCAAAUUCCGGCUAUGCCAGUUUGCUCUCCUCACCGCCCACGGAGUCCCUGCCCAGCCAGCCGCUCCUGGUCACCCAGCCUGAUCAGAGCUGUAAUCUGGCUCAGCCCAUUAAUUUUCCUGUGUCCUUGUCGAGUCGUAAUGACAAGGAUCCGCCCCAGAGGGACCCUCUUGGCAGCGGGGCUCCCUGUGGUGAGUCUGGAGAAAGUGCUUCCGUGUUGGGGCUUCCACCUGGUGCCCCAGUCAGCCUGCCUGCCCCCACCAGUCUCGUCCAGGGUGGUUUUCCAGGUUCUGCUGCUGACAUGGUUGCCGGUCAGCCGGCCGCUGUGCUGGUCCAACCACUGCCCUAUCCAGUCCCAGCGAACAUGGCUUCUGAAAGCCAAAGCAGCCGUGAUGCGGAGAGUGCGCCUCCUGCUUUUGCUGGCAGCCCCAUAGGGAACAGCAGCCGGGAAGAAACUUCUGGAGCCCUAGACUUUACCUUUAACAGGACUGUGGGAAAUCCUGUGAGAGUAUGUAGUCCCUCCCGUUCUGACAGCCCAGCUACCACUCAGCAGACUGUCGCCAGCCACCCCAGACAGCCUGGGCCUGGGACUCAUAACCCAGACGAUAUCCAGCCACUGGUGACAAGAGCAGCCCAGGACCAGAAGGGCCCAGAGAGAGCCCAGCCAGAGUCAGGGCCUCCACAGCAACAGGUUGUGGGACCAACGCUGCCCAGAUCAGCAUUGCCAGAAUCUUCCAGCCCAGAAAGCCCACCGGUACCAGGCCAGGCCCACAGCUCCACCCAGCCAUCAACAAGCCCAGCUCUGGCAGACACAGGCCAGCAGGUGCUGCCUUGGCCACCUGGGUCCUCCGGUGCAUCCGUCACCUCAAGCAGCUUGAGCCAGGCAGCUGGGCGGUCGGAGCCACAGUGGCUGCCUCCGCCACCUCCGGACCUGCCAUCCUACUACUAUUAUAGGUCCUUCUACGACGGGUACCCUACCCAGUACCACUCGCCAUACCCGCCAGAGCCCGGGACGGCACCCUUCUACUACCAGGACUCCUACAGCUUAUACAGGCCCUACGACAGCACCCCAUCUGCCUAUACUGACUACCGCUGCCCCGAGCCUGAGCGGCCCAGCUCAAGAGCCAGCCACUGCUCUGACCGGCCAGCACCCAGGCAGGGUUACCCUGAAGGAUACUAUAGCUCCAAAGGCGGGUGGAGCAGUCGGAGUGACUACUAUGCAAGCUACUACUCCAACCAGUGUGACUACGGAGACCCAGGCCACUGGGAUGGUUACCACUAUGGCUCUCCAAUCAGGAAUGCCCAUUCCUAUGGCCAGAGGUGCUGGUACGAUGCCGAGUACAACCCGUACCGAAAAGAGCCAUACACGUACAGUGACAGACCUGAGCGGGACAGCGACCCCUGGAGGUAUGACCCCCGCUUCACAUCAAGCUUUGAGGAGGACCCAGAGCUGCACCGAGACCCAUAUGGGGACGAGGGGGACAGGCGCAGCGUCCACAGUAAGCACUCGGGGCAGAGCACGUGCAGCGGCCGCAGCAGCAUCAGCUCGCGCUCACAGCAGAGCCAGAUUUACAGAAAUCACAUGACUGCCAGCUCCUAUGAGGCCCCCGCUCCACCAGGCUCCUUCCACAGUGAUUAUGGCUAUGGCGCUUACGGCGGGGUGCGGGGCUUCCCCGAGUACAACUGCCCUGCUGACGGCAGCUGGCCUGCCGUGGACUCAGCCCCGUCAAGACCCAGUUCUCCUGAGAAGUUCUCAGUGCCCCACGUCUGUGCCAGGUUCGGUCCUGGUGGGCAGCUCAUCAAGGUGAUCCCAAACCUGCCUUCGGAGGGACAGCCGGCGCUGGUCGAAGUGCACAGCAUGGAGACGCUGCUGCAGCACAGCCCGGAGCAAGAGGAGAUGCGCUCAUUCCCUGGCCCGCUUGGCAAAGAUGACACCCAUAAAGUGGACGUCAUUAACUUCGCCCAGAGCAAAGCGGCAGGAUGUUUCCGGGAUGAAAGCCUCAUCGACCAGGAGUCUGCCAGCCUUCUCUGGAAGUUCAUUGUUCUGCUGUGUAGACAGAAUGGGACCGUGGUGGGCACCGACAUCGCCGAACUCCUGUUGCGUGACCACAAAACCGUGUGGCUUCCUGGGAAGUCCCCCAACGAGGCGAACCUCAUCGAUUUUACCAGUGAGGCAGUAGAGCAGGUGGAGGAGGAGGAGUCCGGGGAGGCUCAGCUCUCGUUCCUCACGGACCGCCAGACGGCCGGCACCGACGCUCUCGAGAAGGACACCGAGCGCUUUCGAGAGCUGCUCCUCUACGGCCGCAAGAAGGAUGCACUGGAGUCUGCCAUGAAGAACGGCCUGUGGGGUCACGCUCUGCUCCUGGCCAGUAAGAUGGACAACCGGACGCAUGCCAGAGUCAUGACCAGGUUUGCCAACAGCCUGCCCGUUAACGACCCUCUGCAGACAGUGUACCAGCUGUUGUCGGGCAGGAUGCCAGCAGCGUCCACGUGUUGUGGAGAUGAGAGGUGGGGAGACUGGAGGCCACACCUGGCCAUGGUUUUGUCCAACCUGAACAACAACAUGGAGGUGGAAUGCAGAACAAUGGCUACGAUGGGGGACACUCUGGCUUCCAAAGGCCUCUUAGAUGCUGCCCACUUCUGCUACCUCAUGGCCCAGGUUGGAUUUGGGGUCUACACGAAGAAAAGUACAAAACUGGUCUUGCUCGGCUCCAACCACAGUUGGCCGUUCUUGAGGUUUGCAACCAAUGAAGCUAUUCAGAGAACAGAAGCCUAUGAGUACGCUCAGUCCCUCGGGGCCCACAGCUGCUCCCUCCCUCAUUUCCAGGUGUUUAAGUUCAUCUACGCCUGCCGGCUGGCUGACAUGGGACUGGCCACACAAGCCUUUCACUACUGCGAAGUCAUUGCCAAGAGCAUCCUGGUGCGGCCCCAGGCGCACUCCACAGUACUAAUCGGCCAGCUCAUCGAGGUAGCUUCCCAGUUACGCCUCUUUGAUCCUCAGCUGAAGGAGAAGCCGGAAGAGGAGGCCUUUGUGGAGCCCGCCUGGCUGGUCCAGCUGCAGCAUGUGCAGAAGCAGAUCCAGGAGGGUGCUGGGGCCUGGCAGCAGGAUGGAACCUUCCCCCCACAGUGUCCCAGCACGCCGGGCUCCCAGGCAGAGCAGUGUGACAGCCCAGGCCCCGGGCAGCCAGCAGCUCUGGGCCCUGAGAACCCACUGCUGGCACUGCCCCUCCUGAGUGCUGAGCCCUCCGGCCCCAGCGUGCAGCUGCUACCCUCAGCCCCGCAGACGCCUCCAGGCGUGCAGCCGCCCAGCCUCAUCAGAGUGCCACUGUUCCCACCCCCCACGUGGGGCCUGGUGCACGGGCAGGUGCCCCUGCUCUCCAGCAAGACGAGUCUGGGCAUCAGGAUCCAGGUGGGCCUGCAGGACUGCGUGAGCCAGCGGGACUCAGAGCACCCCCUGGGGUGGGGGCAUUCAGACUCAGGUGGGAUGACAGCUGCUGACGUGAAGAGGCCUGUGAAGUCAGCCCCAAAAGAGGCCAAGGAGCCCAGGAAGAGCACCGAGUCCUGGUUCUCUCGCUGGCUGCCCGGCAAGAAGAAGACAGAGGCUUAUUUACCAGAUGACAAAAACAAGUCGAUCGUUUGGGAUGAAAAGAAGAACAAGUGGGUGAAUUUAAAUGAACCGGAAGAGGAGAAGAAGGCUCCGCCCCCACCUCCUACGGCAUUUCCCAAGGCUGCUCACACUGCCCCUCCUGGCGCUGGCGGCACCCCCAGAGCCGCCGUGAACGUGUUCUCUAGAAAAGCAGCUGGCACCAGAGCGCGCUAUGUGGACGUUUUGAACCCGAGCGGGGCCACGCGGACUGAACCUGCCCUCGCGCCAGCGGAGUUCUUUGCUCCACUUGCCCCACUGCCGAUCCCUGCGCCCUUGUUUGUCCCGGGCCCAGAUACUGAGGAACCCCAGCCUGCAGGAGCAGGGGAUCCGACUGGGCAGUUGCCGGCCGGGGGGCCAGGCAGGCUAGAGCCCACCUUGGAGACCAAGAUUGUGAACUCUGGUGCUGUGCUCCCGCCCUGCGGCGUGGACGCGUCUCCAGGAGGAGAGCUUUCACGCUGUAGCUCAGUGAGCUCGCUGUCACGGGAAGUCAGCCAGCACUUCCACCAGGUGCCUGGCGACCAGCCCCCUGUUGGGGGUCCUCCGGGGGGCGUUGUGCCCUUCUACAACCCCGCCCAGUUUGCACAAGUCUCUGCUGCUGCUGGAAGUUCAAGGAUGGGGAGGAUGGGCCAGAGGAAGCACCUGGCGUUGAACUAG